GUGGCCUGGGACUGAGUUAUCGCUGUCGCUGUUGCUGUCGCUGCCGCCGCCGCCCCAGCGGCAGGAGUAGUAGUCGCCGCAGCCGCCUGGGUUGCCGGCCGCCCGCGCGCUGUCUCGACCAGGGCCCGCAGCCAUGGAGGACUUCAUCGUAAUCUCGGACGACAGCGGCUCAGAAAGCUCCGGUGGGGCCCGCUCGGGCCGGGCGCGGAGGCUCCGCCGGGCCCUAUCCCGGACCCCCGGCGCGCUGCCCCGCCGAACCGUGGACUUUAUUGACUUAACUAGAGAAACCAGACCAAGGGCAAAGGAUCGCAGUGGACUCUGUGUGAUUGACCUGACAACAACUGACGAAGAAAACAGACCAAUUGCCACUCUUGAUUUGACUUUAGAACCUGUCACUCCUUCCCAGAAGGAGCCAACCAGUCUUCAGACAUGUGCCAGCCUCUCUGGAAAAGAGGUGAUGGAAGGGCACGUGGAAAGAAGCUCUCGACCUGUAACACAGAGAAUCAUUAACAGUGAUCCUGUGGAUUUGGACUUAUUGGAAGAAAAUACAUAUGAAGGUCCCCAAGCCCCUAUGUCUACCAGUGGGGACUCUGUUUAUCCAGCAGAGCCAAAUUGUAGCUCAACCAUGUUCAAAAGUGACCUCAGCUUCUUGGCAAGGUUACAGCUGUCUUCAGAUAUUAGCUCCCUUUCCCCGACAAGCAAUAAUAGUAGCAGCAGCAAUCAAAGGGCACCCUUGCCAUGCCCACAGCAAGAUGUGCCUUGCCCACUACAGGCCUUGCCAUGCCCACUGCAAGCCUUGCCAUGUCCACUGAGAGCCUCUCCAUGUCCACCACGAGCCUCUUCAUGUCCACCUCGAGCCUUGUCGUGCCCAUCACAAACCACGCAGAGCCAGCUACAUCCACCUCAUCCACCUCAAAAAGUGCCAUGCCCUGUGCAGAAUGUGCCAACCCCACCUCAAGAUACAUUAUGGCAUCCUCACCACUUACUGAACCCACCUCAAGACUCUGUGGGCCUACCUCAACAUGUACCAGGCCCACCUCAAAACAUAUUAUAUCCACAAGAUGUGUCAUACUCACAAGGCAUGCCACAGUCAUCAGAAGACAUGCCACAGUCACUGGGAGACAUGGUGCAGUCACCAGGUGAUGUGCCACAGUCACCAGAUGCACCACAGUCACCAGGCAGUGUGCCACCAUCACCAGAUGAUGUGCCACAACCACCAGGAGAUGGGCCAAGCUUACUGGGAGACAGGCUACAUUUGUCAGGAGACAUGCCACACUCAGCAGGGUACAUGCCACACUCACCUGGAUACAUGCCUGACUUACCAAGAGACUCUCCCCAGAAUGAUGUACAGAAAAGUGACACUCCUAUGGAUAUCUCAAAUCCAUCCUCUCCAAGCUGUUCUGCCAGCCCACAAUCUCCACAGUCUGAAACUUCCUUAGAGAAAGUUCCUUGGCUCUCUGUCAUGGAAACCCCAGCCAGAAAAAAAAUAUCACUGUCACAGCCAGUCAACCCCAGGCCUGCCCAGGUACAAGCGCAGACCAUGUAUAACAGACCAUGCCUGCAUAGGCUGAAGUACUUCCUACGACCUCCAGUUCAUCACCUCUUCUUCCAGACACUAAUACCGGAUAAAGAUACAAGAGAGAACAAAGGUCAAAAAUUAGAACCCAUCCCUCAUCGAAGACUAAGAAUGGUGACAAACACCAUUGAAGAAAAUUUUCCCCUGGGGACUGUACAAUUUUUGAUGGACUUUGUGUCACCCCAGCAUUACCCACCCAGAGAAAUUGUGGCUCACAUCAUCCAGAAAAUCCUGCUCAGUGGCUCUGAGACUGUGGAUGUCCUAAAGGAAGCCUACAUGCUUCUCAUGAAAAUUCAACAGCUACAUCCAGCCAAUGCCAAGACGGUGGAGUGGGACUGGAAACUGCUUACCUAUGUCAUGGAGGAAGAGGGACAGACUCUACCUGGACGAGUCCUUUUUCUGCGUUAUGUAGUGCAGACCCUUGAAGAUGAUUUCCAGCAGAUCCUGAGGAGGCAGCGGCAGCACCUGCAGCAGUCCAUUGCAAACACUGUGCUGUCCUGUGACAAGCAGCCCCACAAUGUCAGGGAUGUUAUCAAGUGGCUGGUCAAAGCAGUAACUGCAGAUGGAUUAAUUCAGCCCCCAAAUGGGAAUCAAACCUCUUCAGGAACAGGACUCUUGAAAGCUGGCAGUAGCCAUCCUUCUUCCCAGCCUACUCUGACAAAGAACACCAAUCAGCUGAUUGUGUGCCAGCUUCAGAGGAUGUUAUCCAUAGCCGUAGAGGUGGACAGGACCCCCACCUGCAGCUCUAAUAAAAUUGCUGAGAUGAUGUUUGGAUUUGUGCUGGACAUUCCUGAAAGAAGGCAGAGAGAGAUGUUCUUUACUACCAUGGAAAGCCACCUUUUACGCUGCAAAGUGUUAGAAAUCAUAUUCCUCCACAGCUGUGAGACACCCACUCGCCUGCCCUUGUCUCUGGCCCAGGCCCUCUACUUUCUGAACAAUUCCACAUCACUGCUCAAGUGUCAGUCAGAUAAAACCCAGUGGCAGACCUGGGAUGAACUGGUUGAACAUCUGCAGUUUCUGUUGUCCAGUUAUCAACAUGUUUUAAGAGAGCACUUACGGAGUUCAGUAAUUGAUCGAAAAGACUUAAUAAUUAAAAGGAUUAAGCCAAAGCCCCAGCAAGGAGAUGACAUCACAGUGGUGGACGUGGAAAAGCAAAUUGAGGCCUUCCGCAGCCGCCUGAUCCAGAUGCUGGGGGAGCCUCUCGUCCCCCAACUCCAAGACAAAGUGCACUUGUUAAAGCUCCUGCUCUUCUAUGCAGCGGACUUGAACCCUGAUGCAGAGCCCUCUCAAAAGAACUGGAGCAGCUCCUGAGGGCCUUCUAAGCACUGAACACCAAGAAUACCUCCUGAACUCUGUCUUCAACUACUUAGAAACUCAAACUCUGGAAAGUAGUUAAUCCUACAGGACCAAACCUAUCUUAUUUAUCUAUAGGUAAUAAUAACUUUCUAACUCUUUAUUAAAUAUUUUUUAAAUCCUAGCCUAGCCUAUUCUCAAAUAUGGCUUAAAUAUUCAAGAUGUAUAUAUUUUUUAAUAAAUUAUUUAUGUAUUUCUUUUUUGAGACAGGUAAUACUAUAAGCACUAUGUUUAACAUUUCAAGUGAGAAAAUCUCUCUAAACAAACUCUCUACAUCAAUGUUAUGUCUUUGAAGGUACUGAAAACCAGUUUCUAAAGAGAAAGGCAUUUGUUUUUCCUUUAUGGAACACAAAUAUUCUAUAUAA